GGGAAAGACUUGACGCUGAGAUCAGCCAAGCUCUUGUAGUAGUAGCUUUUAUUGUUUUGGCUUUAUAGCCAACCAGUUGGCUGUGGAGCCCGUGCUUUAAAUUUGAUGAAUUGAAAAGGCGCCCAAUUCAUUUUCUGGAGUUGGGGAGAAAAGAAUACAGUGCCAGUUGAAAUACUUCUACUUUGUGAAAGUUCCGUGUUGAAAAUUCAGGUUGUAAAAGCUUGACAAGUGGUAUGAGCUUCAUUUACAAUGAACCAGACCAGCAGGUCGAUUCAGAAGAAUUUGAUUUUUCUGCACUUUUUGAUAAUAGCCACGAUGAAGACUUUGCCACAAGAGAGGCAGAAAAUGUUGCUGCUUCUCAUAAAGGCAUUGUUCAUCCUUCUGGAAUUGGCUACCCAACCAUUGAUGUCUCCCAUUAUGGAUCUCAGUCAUGUAGCUCUAUGGCAUCUGCAGUAUUAAGUGGAGAACGUAUGAGUGAAUACAGUCAAGCAGAAAGCAGAGAUUUCAAAUGCUACCUAGAAGCUGUAAAACCCCCUGUUUCAUCUGGAGUAGAAAGUCCAAGAAUUGAGAUCACACCAUCCCCUGGACUGUUCCAUGUAAUUCCACAUGCAGCUAGUUGUGGAGAGCAAACAUAUCAUUCUCCCACUACAAUUCCUAGAGUUACUUUACCUGUGCCAGGCUCAGAAAGCAUUGUAUAUAGAGACCCACUCAGUCCUGCCAGUAGUGGCUCUUCCACAAGUUGGCAUUCCUUUGUGUCUCACGAGUCCAGCUGUUCCCAUUAUGGCAUGUCCCCUCAGACAUCUCCAUUAACAUCUCCGUGUGUCUCACCAAAGAAUGGCUCAGAAGAAUAUCAAGGUCAGGGUGCUCACCAUUCUCCACGAACAUCACCUGUCAACUCACCAUCCACUCACAUUGAAAACUGGCCAGGUGCAAGGUCACCGUCCCCAACCCCCCGAACUUCUUCAAGGUCAUCAUCACCUUGUGGGAAGAGGAGGUACUCCUGUGACCGCUCAAGAACGCCUUCUCCACAAGCUUCACCAAGAGUUAUUGCAAUUGAAGAACCCAGUUUGCACCAAUUUUCAAAUUCUGCAAGCCUGGCCGAUGCCAUGAGCACCCUCACCACCGAUUCCAACAACGACUUAGGCGAAGUACUUCCAAUAAAGGCUCGGAUCAUGGAUCUUACUCCACCAUCAUCCCUUAAAACUGACAUAUGUAAAGAUGAAAAACUUACUAGCUUUACCAUAGCGAAUUUUGUCGAGUUUUCAGGGCAGUGUCAGGACGUGAAGAAAGACAUCUACAGUAUUGAUCCGCUUUUCCUGAUGCCCCCUCAUCCAUUACAUCGGACAAAACCCAAACCUCCCUGCAGCAUCCCAUCUCUUCCUCCUUUGGAGUGGCAAUUGCUGAGUUCAUCAGAACCAUAUGAAUUGAAGAUUGAAAUACAGCCCAAGCCUCACCAUCGGGCACAUUAUGAAACAGAAGGCAGUCGUGGCGCAGUUAAAGCUCCUAAUGGGAGCCACCCGGUAGUCCAGCUCCAUGGCUACAUGGAAAACAAGCCUUUAAGCCUGCACAUAUUUAUUGGAACAGCAGAUGAGCGGCUACUAAGACCACAUGCCUUCUAUCAAGUCCACCGCAUCACUGGCAAGACAGUCUCAACCACCAGCUAUGAGAAAAUCUGUGGAAAUACCAAGGUUUUAGAAAUUCCGCUUCUUCCAGAGAACAACAUGAAAGCAGUGAUUGACUGUGCUGGGAUACUGAAACUGCGAAAUGCUGACAUUGAGCUCAGGAAAGGAGAGACAGACAUUGGCAGGAAGAACACUAGAGUGAGGCUUGUUUUUCGAGUACACAUUCCUCAAGCCAAUGGCAGGACAGUUUCGCUACAGGUUGCUUCAAAUCCCAUUGAAUGCUCUCAGAGAUCUGCACAUGAAUUGCCAAUGGUAGAAAAACAGAGCACGGACAAUUGUUUCGUAACAGGUGGACAACGGAUGAUUCUCACUGGUCAAAACUUUACUACCGAGUCAAAGGUCCUUUUCACAGAGAAGACUCAUGAUGGACAGCAGAUAUGGGAGGUAGAGGCGACAGUGGAUAAAGAUAAAAGCCAACCUAACAUUCUCUUUGUUGAAAUUCCACGCUAUCGGAACCAACAUAUCCGCACACCAGCAAAAGUGAACUUUUGUGUUGUUAAUGGAAAAAGGAAAAGGAGCCAACCACAGAAAUUUACAUAUCUCCCUGCAGUGCCUAUAAUUAAAACAGAGCCUACAGACGAGUGUGAAGACACCAUAUUCUGCAACACCGUACAUCACAGAACCAUGUCUCAGUUUUAUACUACACAACAGGUCAUGACCCCUGUUAUGGUCACUAAUCCCAAUUCCUGUCUUGGCGGAAGCUUGGCUUCCUGUCGUACUGGAUUUUCUUCACAUGAUUCUAAGUAUCAGCAGCAGAAUCCAACUGGAGUUGUCUAUCAGAGAUCGAAAGGUGGCAGUCCUAACCAUCUUGGCUAUCAACCAUCUACUGUGAUGGUGCCAUCCAUUCCCAUAAUUCAAGAUGCUCACAAAUCAGUAUUGGUGCAUGCUGGGUCUCCUGUCCAGUCUUCUAUGACACACCACUCUCCAACCAAUCAGUCUUCCACCAUAAUUCAUCAUUCCCAUAACAAUCAUGAGUCUUCUUCCAUGAUCCACAAUUCUCCAACAAAUCAUCAAUCGUCACUGAUCCAACACUCCCCAACCCAUCAGCAGCUACCUUCUAUGAUUCACCAUUCACCAACCAGCCAACAGUUGAGAUACAGCAGCCAGCAGGAUUACCAACGCCAGGUGUAUUCAGAGAAUGAUGCCCAUGUGCCCAUUGUGCGGUCCACUACACCACAGGCGGUACAUCACGUGCAAAAAAAUAGCCCAAAUCAAUAUGCAGCCGUGAUUCAGCAACAGCAGCAAACAUCCAAUGCAAUCCAGAAGGUUUCAAAAAAUGGUGCUUCACCAUCUCAGCUUCCAUUGAUACUGGAUCAACAGGAAAAGGAAACUACAGUUACCGGAGUCACAGUGAAACAGGAACCACAGAACCUUGACCAGGCAUAUCUGGAUGAUGAAACUACAUGGGACUUCUUCCAAAGGCUGGAACACUUUAAUAAGUUAAUGAAAUUAUAAGGAAAGAUCUUUCUGGACUCACAGCAACAAGCCAGUCUUAGAUUCAACAAAUUGACAAUGAAUGCUUCCCAAUACAAUCUUGGAAAUUCUGUCCGCCACCAGUGACACCCUGUGUUUACUAAUGGGUCAGUCGAAAGGUUCAAUACAAAACAAUACAAUAUCCUGGCAAGGAGUUGGCUACUCUGACUAAUCAUCAUGGGAACUUCAGCUUAGCAAAUUUUUCUCAUUAUUUCCGUUCAUUCAGAGUCCUUAAGGGGUCCAAAAUCUGUGUUUUUAGUUUACUCUUGUUAACCAUUGGUUGAUUGGAUCAUACCUGUUUCCACUCAAAUUUUCAAAAUGGACUGAACAACAGCCCAUCGUUGGAUAUUUUAGCUUUCUAAAGAAAAAAUAUCUCUUCCUUGCAAUUCCUUUACUUUCAAGAAAAGGGUCUCAAAACAUUUUUGACAACUAUUUUCAUAGACCGAUCCAAACAUGAUUUGGAGUGAAAAUGAAAUGGUAUGAAUGAGGUGGUUAACAAUAAGAAUGUGGACCUAUGCCAUGUUAACAUCCAACAUCACAGCACCACAGUUACACAAUGUACUGGUGAAGACUGUACCAUCCUACUUUGAGCAAAAAUUAGGAAAGAGGUUAAGCCUUGAUGCCUUGGGCCUGUUCUACCAUUCAAUAAGCUCACGGUUAUCUAAUUUCAUCCAUCAUCCUUUAUUCCAUUUCCUUCAAUAUGUUCAGCAAAAAUCAAAUAAUCUCUGCUUUAUAAUUAACAACUGAGAGCAUUAAUUGGCAGAAGAGUUUUCCAAACUUCUGAAUUAUCCUUCCUGUGUUGAAGUGAUUCUGAAUUUAACUCCUGAAGUGUCCGAUUCCAAUUCUUAAAUUACACUUACCCAGAAUAAGACUUUUCAACCAGUGUAAACUGUACCCUCUUAUCUACUCUAUCCAUUCUGCUUUAUACCUUGAAAAUCUUAACACAUUAUCCUUCUGAAUUCCAAGGAAUAAAGGCCCACUUUGUAUAAUCGUUCCUCAUUUAACCCUUUGGCGUGCAGGUAUAUUCUAGUAAAUAUAGAAACUUUACUUUUAUGGACAACAUACAGAAAAUUAAAGGAGCUAUAACAAGUUGUUGCCUUACUCUGAGCCGCAGUUGGAGGUUAAUCAGCAGAAAACUCAUCUUCCAUUAAAUAGAACAUAGAACAUAGAACAGUACAGCACAGAACAGGCCCUUCAGCCCACAAUGUUGUGCCGACCAUUGAUCCUCAUGGAUGCACCCUCAAAUUUCUGUGACCAUAUGCAUGUCCAGCAGUCUCUUAAAUGACCCCAAUGACCUUGCUUCCACAACUGCUGCUGGCAACGCAUUCCAUAUAGUGCAUUAUUCUGUAACUUGGAAAGUGACAAUGAUUCAUAUAGCGCAAUUAGCAUCAAUAACUUGUACUGAAGCUUGUGAUCUUCUCUGCCUUAUCCCAGCAUAAUGAUGAUCUUACUAUGGCUUGAAAUCACAAUUACCAUUCUCACAAGAGAGAUAACGGGAACUGCAGAAGCUGGAGAAUCCGAGAUAACAAAGUGUGGAG